GUGAAUGCGCGCAAUGAAAACCACACGCCCGCCCUUUGCUGUGCGGGCUGCGUCGUAUCGGACGAUCCCCACAUCCACGCGUCUGUGCGCGCCUGCGGCGUCACGAGAUGAGUCCCGCUCCGCGCCGCGUAUGAUGCGGGCCCGUCACUUGGCCUCCAUCACAGUAAGCGUGGAAGUGACACAUCCGCGCCGUGUGAGAUCUUCUCCGUGGCCGCGGAGGGGUUGACAGGCUCUGCCGAGGAUGCGCCCCGAGCGCGCCGCUGGUCCGCGUUGAUGACGCGCUCCUUGGGGCCGCUUCUGCUCCCGUUUCAGCGCGGAAAGGGAUUAUUGUUGUUCGUACACCGGGAGGUGAAAUGGGGAGCACGACCUCCUGCUGCGUGUCUGGCAGCCCCAAGCUCCGCAGAAAUGCCCACUCCAGGCUGGAGCCGUACCACCAGGAGUCGGAUCUGAGCAGGGAGGAGACGGCGUGCAACCUACAGCACAUCAGCGACAGGGAGAACAUCGACGAGUUGAACAUGGAGUACAACCCAUCAGACCAUCCUCGGGCCAGCACUAUAUUCUUGGGCAAAUCUCAUAAUGAUGCGCGAGAGAAACGAAAGAGCCUCUUCGUCAACAACCAUGGCACUCUGAGGCGAAAAUACAGCUCCUGCUCGACCAUCUUCCUGGACGACAACACAGUCAGCCAGCCCAACCUCAAAUACACCAUCAAAUGCGUCACUUUAGCGAUUUACUACCAUAUAAAAAACAGAGACACAAAUGGAUGCAUGCUCCUGGAGAUCUUUGAUGAAAAGCUUCACCCUCUCUCAAAAUCAGAGGUUCCGCUGGACUACAACCAGCAGGACCCGGAGCAGAAGCAGAUCUACCGCUUCGUCAGGACCCUGUUCAGUGCCGCUCAGCUCACUGCUGAAUGUGCCAUCGUCACCCUGGUGUACCUGGAGAGACUGCUUACUUAUGCAGAGAUUGACAUCUGUCCAGGAAACUGGAAAAGGAUCGUUCUGGGCGCCAUCCUGCUGGCCUCCAAGGUCUGGGACGACCAGGCCGUCUGGAACGUCGACUACUGCCAGAUCCUCAAGGACAUCACCGUGGAGGACAUGAAUGAACUGGAGCGACAGUUUCUGGAGCUACUGCAGUUCAACAUCAACGUACCGUCCAGCGUCUACGCCAAGUACUACUUUGACCUGCGGUCGCUGUCAGAGUCCAACAACCUCAGCUUCCCUCUGGAGCCGCUCAGCAGGGAGAAGGCCCAGAAAUUAGAGGCUAUUUCCAGACUAUGCGACGAUAAAUACAAAGACAUUCGGCGAGCCACCAGGAAACGCUCGGUCAGCGCGGACAACCUGUGCGGCAGGCGGUGGGUUCCUGCCAUUCUCUCCUGAGCAUCCUGGCCAGAAGCCUUAUGGCACCGAAUGGAUGGGGAAAAUGAAACCACUGCUACAGCGGAGGAUCCAGCGCUGGUUGGUGCAGAGCUCAAGACUUUUAGUUGGCUGUGGGUCAAGCUCCACCCUUCAAAGUGGAUCUAUGUACAACAUGAACACGGGCUGUGAGAGAUGGGACUCCAGGGAAGUUUUCAGCUUAUCACGAUGCCUUCAUAGUGCCUCGACUUGUCUGCCGAUUGGGAAGAUGCAGGAAUCGUUCUGUUUUCUUUCGCCUGUGAAAAGACAAACAGCUUCGGACCAAGUCCAGGGUGAGGUGAAGCCUUGGGAUGUUUUAGGACACGGCUAUGUGAACCUGACAUGACAAACAUGUUUCAAGGCUUCUCCUGAGUUUUGUCUCCUGAGUUUGUCUGGCGAUAUAAUAUGCUGUCCAGACGACCGUAAAAAGCACAUAAUUUACUAUAAUUCAAAUACUAGCCUAGUUCAGAGCUUUUUGCUUGGUAUUUAUUUCCUUUGAUAGUAUUUCAAACAAUGAAAGUGUUCUUGAAGGUUUACAGUAUUUCUGGUGUACCUCUCAAUACUCAGGUAGUGCAUUGACUAUGUUAAUUCCCUCUGGUGGUCCAUAUUUUAUACAAAUAUGAACAAAGUAGCUCAGACUGUAGGUAGAAGAUGCCAGGAUUAAAAAAAAAAGAGUAUUAAUAAUGUUCAUACAGACAUUUGUGAUAAGCAAUAGCAAGACUGUUUUCUUUCUAAUCAGUUUUGAUUAAAUAAACCCCCAACUCUUUUUCCUUUGAUUAUCAGUGUCACCAUGGUCUUGGAGUCAUUUUUAAUCACAUAUUUUGGAAAGGCUAAGCAGACCACGGCACAUCCCACUCCUAUUUGAAGACUGCAUGGAAGAAAAAGUUGAAUGCAUAACUAAAACAUUGGAGGUUGAAAGGUAAAACCGUCUUGUCAGGUUCAUACAAAUAUUUCUGUUAAGUGUUCACGUAAGUUUCAUAUCUCAAAUCAGACUCAAAGGACCAAGGUCAGCUGGUACUUUAAAUGUCUGGCAGUCAGCAUUAGCUUGAUUUUUCUUUAAAGUUUCAGAUUUCUUUUUGAACUGUGGUCGUAUGGAGUCAUUCUGAGUGGUCAGUGUCAACACCGACCUUGGUUUGGAAAAUUAUAGAAAAGUUUUUUAAUGGAAAGUCAAGCCUAACUUAAAAGUGGCCCAUCUGAGAGAAAAUGUCUAUAGCUUGAAAUCACUAAACUGAUUUAAACUGCAAUUGUUGCUGCACAAAUUGACAUUUGGUUAAUAGGUAAUAACUUUAUGAGAAUGUUAUUUUUGUUCUGUUUAAAACACUGGCUACUCAUACGGCAGGAUAUAGCUCCAAAUAAAACAAAAGAAUAAAUAAAGCAAAAAACAGUUUUAAUAUGAGAUAGAAAAUUUCAUACAAGAAUUGUUAAUUUUUUUUUAUGCGUUGAUGUCAUGAAGAUAAAGCAUUCAUUUUAGGAAGUUUAACAGCGUUGAUUCCUGUUGGAUGGAUCUUUGGAGUGACCUUUGGGUUUGUAUUCUUGCACUUUUCUUACAUGGAACAAAGGUUCACCGAAAGAAUAAAAAACAUAUUGAGCAUAAAUCUACUCUAAAGUCAAGGUGUAAGGCAGACGAAUCACUAUAAAACAUUAAAAGUGUAACGAGCGCUAUCUGCAGUGGAUGUUGGUCAGCGAAUGAUGUGAGGAGGCCACAAAACCCUUUUUCUUGUUUUUAUUUAUUCAGUGUUACUGAAAUGUGGAUGUUACAUAGACUUUCCAGUCUUACACGUGUCUUUGUUCAGUGUCUCUAUGUUUUAUCAUCUGUUACAUUAAAAAUUUGUUUAACUGACAGUUAAGGGGUCCCUUAUGUUGGUGAGAGAAGUUUACUUGGUUCCAAGUCCUCAAACAUCGGGUACAAACAAAACUGUUUCCUGUUGUACAAGAUUAAACAUAAUGAUGAUGAUUUUUACAAAGUAAGAACGAAAACUCCCUAAAAUGUAGCAACCAAAGAUUUUUUUUUUAAAUUGGGUACAAUUUAGACCCUUUGAUACAUCACAUAUAUACAAAAAAAUAAUUCCUUCUCAGUGUUGGUUAAAUAAAAACAAGUUAUCUCCAUAAUGCGCGUUUGAUCAGCAUUUUGUUUUAGUUUUAUUUAUGUGUUUAAUGAGCACAAAGUCAUACUUUUGUUUCUUGUGAAUUGGUCUGAUUACUAAACUAGUAAUACAUGUAUUUAUUUUAUUAAUUAACUUUGUAAAGUUUAUAAAGUAUUCUCAGAAAAGGUUGUUAUAAAUUAUUUAUGGUUUUGUUGAUUUGUGUUUUGUUAAUAAAAGAUGAUACUCUUGUUUGAUAA